AAGACUUUUUCAGCUAAGCUUUUUCCUACCCUCCAGAUUCUCCCGUACCCAUCUAUGGCUCUAGGAUAGAGAUGCUUUCCUCCCCAUCCAUAUCCACCUUUCCUUGAACUAUUUCCCAACAGCAAACAUCUAACUUCUUCCAAGCUCAAGUCUCUCUCUCUCCCUUGGUUCCUUUUUCUUCAUCCAUGCACAGCGCCAUGGAGCGAAAAAGGAAUUGGAUGUGCACUCGAAGGAAAUCGGUUGAGAGACCCAUUUUUGGCUCCUCAAUCUACAAAAUUUCCACCAGCUCUUUGUACAGUGAGUCAUGGGAAGAACAGGCCUUUGCGGAGGACUUUGCAGGCCACUUGGGUGGUUGUGUCUGGCCUCCAAGAUCCUAUUCAUGCAGCUUUUGUCGACGGGAGUUCCGAUCAGCCCAAGCACUUGGUGGUCACAUGAACGUGCACCGGAGGGACAGGGCGAGGCUUAAACAAUCUUCAAGUCCCACCGGUGAAAGCCAUGGCAAUCAUCAGCAUCAUCACCACAGUCCCUGCACACCAUUAGGCACAUGGUAUCCGGACCAGCUGGUUGGCUCUCCGGCAUGCAACGGCAACCCUAACCCUAAUUGUGAUGCUAUAGCAUCAGUUGUCUCUCCCAGGGUUUCAGCAGCAUCCACCAGAGAGAAUAGCCAAAACUCCUUGGUUUCUCCUCCCUAUUCUUCGACCAUUGUUCAAGAGAAUCCAAUGAAAUCCCUCUUCACUGCGACUCAAUUCCUCAAAGAUCCAACGACCGCUCGACAGCUAACUUUGCCAGAAUCGAAACUUGGAAGAGAGAAUCUGAAGCUCAGGGAAGUAGGCUUUCGGUUUUCAAGAAAUCCAGGCAACGAUGAGGAGGAGAGCAUUAGUAGCAAGAGACAGCGGACUGAUCCAUGUUCUUUCUUGAAAGGAGUUGCUCCAGACGGCCAACAAAAACUCCACUCCGAGUUUCUCAAACUUUGUCCUUGCCCUGAUGAAGAAUUUGAUCUUGAACUUAGGCUCGGACAUCUUCCGAAGGAUAAAUAGAAUUGCAAAUCCAUCGUGUUUCUGUAUCUGUCUGUACCCUUAAUUAGUUUCUAUUCUCCUUUUCCUUUCUUCUUCCUCUCAACUUUUGGCCAAAGGCUUUGUCAUCUUCAGAUUGAACGAUUGCAUCUUUAAAUUUAUCUGUGCUCAAAUAUUGUAAGAAUAACGCUGAUGGUACCAUAUAUCAGAAUGAAAUUUCAAGUUUAUGAACAA